GGCCAUUGACAUGUUACUGUUGUGAUGGCGUGGUGCGAUUUGCACACAUUCUGACCUUACUAAAUUGUGGAGAGACUGCCGUCGCGACACCGGGAUACUAACUCAUUGGGCAGUGGAAUAUAGUGCUCUCUUUCUAAUGAGUCUCACACUCCUCGUAGUACAUGUACAUUCUUCAUAAUGAGAAGCAAAGCCGACAAGUUAUUUCCGCGGCUAUUUUUGCUGUGACGGACUGAACAGUCUUGGUGUAUGUGGUUUGUCAUGUACGGCCGUGAUAUGCACCUACUCUGCAUGAUGGAUCUCCGUAUCGUGCGGGCAAUCACGUCCAAUGCAUCGUGGAGAAGUUGUCAAUCCUGCUCGUCCUGUUGACGUCCCAAAGAUAUUAGACAAGGCAGCUGGGUUAAACAAAGGUGCAGACCACUGACGGAGUAUUAUAGCAUCAAGAAGUGUCGUUAUAAGUGCUUCUUACAUCUCCUUGGUUGUGGUCUAAGCGUUUCGAUGGAAUUUUCGACGGGAAACUAGCUACAUACGGCCAGAAGACUUCUUUUUCAUGUAGCCUACGCUUGUUUCUAUGCACGAACAAAUCUUCAAUGUGGUGGUGGAAAGCUUUGAAAUCCCGUGAUAGGAAUUACAAUUGUUGCGUUGGUCAUAAUUCCAGUAUCAUCAAGACCUCGUAUCAGAAAAGUCGAAUUGUAACGUAUAACCUUCAUAAAGAGAUAUAUGAUAUUCGGAUUGUAAAACAAUCACAACUGCAUGCUGGAUCCUCCUGUCGUUUUUGAGCGCGAACACUCAUGGGUGCUGGACUUUGCGGUACCCGGGGCAAAAACUCCGUGCAGUACGUGAAUCUCGGAAACGCGCGCAGCACUCUACUAACCACGAAGGCAGCAGCCGCCGAACCAGGAGGAGGGCGAGGAGACAGCGCAAGCUCAGACCCAGCGAGCUCUGCUACCAUGCCGCUCCAGAAGAGCCCGAAAAAGAGAAACGUCCUCAGCAAGCAGCGAUCCUUCAGCUCGAGUCGCGAUUACUACACCAGUCGCGACCAGCCCAGUGUUGAAGGUGGUAACGGGUCGAAGGCCAAGGCUGAAAAUGAUGCUGUGCGCAAGAAAAGGGGACGUGACAACAGAGAAGACGUUGCUAAUCCGUCUUCCUCGUCGUUUGCGGAAGAUGAUGCGGGAAAUGCAGCUUCAAAGAACGGCGACAUCUCUCGGCAAGAUUACAAAAUCUACAAGCGGGCAGAAGGGAAACGGAAACUGCAACGACAGGACUCCAAAGAGUAUGACGAGGAAUCUCUAACCAGUCUUGACUUGGCCAAGAUGGACGAACUACCUGUACCCACUUCGGCCGAGGCUGUUGCUGAGGCUAUGUUGCGUCUGCGCAGCCUCGUUCUCAGACUAGACAAGGAAGAGAUAUCUAAAGAUGAUCUUCGGAACAAUCUCCAGUACGCUGUCAAUGUACUUGAGGUUUUGAAAGUCGACCAGAACAGGCAGCGCACCCAUAAGGCUAACCAAUCUCCACAGCCAAAGAAGACUACCACUGCGUAUGUAUAUAGAUUCAACUAUCAAGGGGACGAGGAUGACCUUUCGGAGGUCGCGACCGAGGAUGUCCCAGAGCAGGUUCGUCAUUGGCUGACAUCGACCUUCAGCCGGCAGUCGACGAGAUCGCGCCUUGGCGACGAAAAGCCCAAGUUCAGGAGCAUCGUGCAGGCACUAAGGACGGGUCUCUUCAUAGACAAAAUAUUCAGAAGAACAUCUGGCUUACUAGCUACUACAUUUCCGCCAAAGGUCAUGGAGCUGUUCAAGAACCUAGAUGACUGGUCGUUUGACAUCUUCGCCUUGAAUGAAGAGAGUGACGGGCAUGCCCUGAAAUGUACUGCAUAUGAAUUAUUCACAAGAUACGACCUCAUUGCAAAAUUCAAAAUCCCAGUCCAGAACCUGAACGGCUUUCUAGAGGCCAUGGAGAACGGCUACAGCAAGCACGGAAACCCCUACCAUAACCUGCUUCAUGCUGCGGACGUCACGCAAACAUUACAUCACAUGCUGGUUAACAUGGGGCUUAUGCACUGGCUGACCGAUAUCGAAAUCAUUGCAGCUCUUCUAGCCGCGAUAAUUCACGACUUUGAGCACACUGGUACAACCAAUGCUUUCCACGUCAACACUUCAUCUGACAUGGCGUUGCUAUACAAUGACCGAGCCGUGUUGGAAAACCACCACAUCAGCAGCUCUUUCCGACUAAUGAAGGAAGACGACAAAAACUUUCUUGUGAAUGUCAACAAGGAGGACUAUACGGAGCUGCGCAACCUUGUGAUCGACAUGGUCUUAGCCACAGAUAUGUCUUAUCAUUUCCAGCAACUUAAACAAGUCAAGAGUAUGAUCAGUGUGGCUGACAGCAGUACAUUAGACAAACCCAAAGCAAUGGCCCUUGCCUUACACUGUGCCGACAUCAGCCACCCUGCAAAAGAUUGGACUCUGCACCACAAGUGGACAACGCUGCUCAUGCACGAAUUUUUCAGACAGGGAGACAGAGAGAAGGAGCUCGGGGUUGCAUUUUCUCCGCUCUGUGACCGAAAAUCCACCAUGAUCGCUGAAUCGCAAAUAGGUUUCAUCGACUUCAUUGUCGAGCCUAGUCUCAUCGUGUGCUGCGACAUGAUCGACAGAGUGCUCCAAGAACUGCCUUCCAGCGAGCCAGACGAGAGCAGUCUGAAGACCAAGCGCAACUCGAUCCCGUUGGCUCGUCCCACCAGCACGCCCCGGACGAGCAGCAUGCCUUCGUAUCAGGGUCCGCAGCAAAAUCGACCUCCAUCAAGCCCUGGUAGGAUUAGUCUAACCAGAAAGCCAUCGGUGCCCAUGAAGGCCAUGCGGAGUUGGAUAGAGCCGCUGCAGCUGAAUAAGAACAGAUGGAAAGAAUACGCGGCCACAGAGGUCAAAGGCCAAUCGAGGUUGUCCAGUAUGUCAGAAGAGCACACGAGUGAUAUAAGCAUUAACGAUGUCUUCCCAAACGACGAUAGCAGGGAUGUCAAUUCCAAAGACUCUUGUGGGGUCUCCUCGCCGAGGCGCAACUCGGGACAGAGGUCAAUAGAAAGUCAGAGGUCACCAGAGGACACAAGCCACCCUGUGAGGGCCUGCUCACCCAGCGGCAGCGGUGGAGCAGACUCGAAUAACUCUGGCACUAGAGGGCGCACUUCCAAGGGCAUCCCCAGGAGGGUGCCAAGUAAUGAGGGCGUGCGCCGGGUCAGGCAGGGUGACUCCUCGCCGUCUAAGCAGCCUACUGCAUGAUACUGCGGCCAGGAAUCACCAACGUAUGAAUUUUUGGAAAAAAAACUCAUGUAAAUAUAUGUUUGUGUGACGUCAUCAACAUGUGAUGAAGUAUAUUCAUACCAGGCUGGUGUGGACGCUCAUGGCUUUUUGAGGUUUUCAUGGAGGGAUGUUGGCAUUGUGGCUUAAUAUGCAUCCUGAGUGUCGUUUGUCUGUUCGUCGGUGUAAAGACGACGUCCACAAACUGUGGGGUUGGCGAUAGUGACUGUACCAACCUGAGGACUGUGCACGGAGUAUAGUGUGAUGCAAGUACCCAGACUGUGUUCACGAGGACUGGACUCUCCCUACUUUGUUAGCCAGUGUCAGAAGCCGAUGGCACCUACAAACCUAUACCGAAUAAAACAUAUAAUGUGUACCGUGUUUCCUUCGACUUCAGUCAAUGAGACUAUCGCGCAGAUAAUUUAGUUAUGACUUUGUCGUUGAUAGACAACAGGUAAGGUUAUCCUUCCAUGAUUUUGUUUUGAUUUUGUCGUGUUUCCAGACAUAAGUUUUAUUUAAUGAGUUUAUUUGAAAGUUGCUCUUAUAGCUUUUUGAAAGUAAAAUGUUAUUGAGAUUGAGUUAGAUAUUUAUAGUACGGUAGAUAAGAAUAUUCAGUGAAAAACUUUAUUCAAAGUCGAGCAACCACUGGAAUACGGAACUCACUGCAGACGGCAUGCAUCUAUAUCGUGUUUAGCGUGGUGUUGCACAUUGCGAAUUUAGAGCAGAUUCCGGUGCGGUUUAUCUUGCAAUACCUGUACCCUUGUGUGACGUGAGCAUUCUGGCAAAAGGGACAGAACCGGGAUAGGUUUAACUGAGGAUUUUUCUGGAAUCAGAAAACUUCACUUCUGUGUCAGUCGUCUACUUCAAUUAGAUAUUCCGCUGACAAAACAUUGCAGCUUUAGAGUUUCCAUUUAUCGAUAAAUCAAAUAUUUAAGUGCUGUGCUUUGCAUUGAUAGAAAUAAAAGAUACCAUUUUUUCAUUAAAAACUCUUAUUCCGUAGACAUAAUAUCAGCGGUUACAAAUAUCAGUAUGUCUAACAUCGGGGACAAGCAGCUCCAUGUUUUGGGGGGUGUUUUGUUCUGGGCUUUUUUGUUUUGUUUUUGUUUUUUUGUUUGUUUUUUUUUAUCUCUCCACUUCGCCCAGUGACUAGUUCCUGCUCAUUUUGUUAAAAAGCCUCGAAUUUGACUCUGGAAUGAGUUGGUCUGACAGGCACGUUCAAUGCACGACUUCAACCAGACACUUAGUAAUAUAUACCUUCUUUACGUUAUAAGAAAAGCAACUACAAAUGGGCAUUUCAUCGGGUCUGCCUUUCGAAUAAGUAGAACAAACAGGUACGCAGUGGGAAAAUAUUUGUUUUUAUUAAUAUACUUUUGGGAAGGUUUUAGAUAUUCUCCAUUAUAAUGUACAUUUUCCUGUAAAUAUUUAGAGAAUCACUUAUUUACAUGAACUCCACCAUUAUUUAGAGGUAAUGUUCGAAAGAAGAGAGCUGACUAAACUGUUACUUUUAUUUAUUCCCUGGUUAAAGAAAUUGUAUUAAUUGAAAUGACACCUUACAAAAUGUUACAAAAUAAUCCAUCCUUCUGAAAAUCCUUGCUAACAACACACAAUUAAAUGCAAAGGAUAACUUAUUGUGAAGUAAUCAUAGUGAGCGUAUACGAACCGAAUGAAAUGUUGAUAUAAAAAUAGCAUCAUGCGGAAAAUAGGGCAUGCUAGAAUAAGAGAAAAACGCCCAGCUGGUCUUUUUCUUCGAGGGACUAGUAAUGCAGAUGUGGCUAUUCGUGCUGCUGUAUUUUAUUCACGUCUGUAGGUGGACACGGAGUAGAAAUCGUUUCCUUGUCGCAUUAAAACAAAUCAGUGACAAUUAUAAAGUAUUGAAUUUAGAUAUUUUGGAAACAGUUUAACGAAAAAGUUUCAUAUAGAACAUUACUCAAGGUAAUUUGCAGAAUUGUACAUGUAUUUUUCCCCAGGAAAAUGGACUAAUUUCCUCGUCUUCCUCAUAUAUGAUACUUUCAUACCUCUGGUCAUGUGAUCGAACGCGAUUUGGUAAACCUAUGUUCCUAAAAAUUGCCAUUAUUGUCUUGUUUUUUAAUCCCACAAGCUUUUAGGGGUACUAAAGGGAAAAGGUGGAAUAAUAGCAUUACUCAUAUUAUUAUUAUGCUAAUGUUGAUUUGAUGUUCGUAUCAGAAAAUUCGUAUUGGCUUCCUAAAAGGGAUGCAUUAACUUAAAGGUGCCUUCACAUCGCACUUACACCGCUCAGUGACAUUUUAACAAGCACAAAGUAGUUGCAUGCGCAGACAGUUAAAUACCACUAAAGCUGCCGUAGCGAGUAAGAUCAUCUGAAGACGCUUUUUGUGUGUGAUGUUUUGCAAGAGGGUUUGGCACCCGGCACAGGGCACCCUGAAUUUAUUUCUCCUGGCUUUUUGCUCUAUAUUAAAUGCAUAUUCGCUGACUUCAAUACAGGAGAUUUACAAUGGUGCUCCUCCAAGAGUUUGCGGCGCGUUGGCCAAUCACAACGCGCAAAAUCUGUCGACCCUUGGCAAAGCGCAUUGGGUCAACAGAUUUCACGUAUCUGGUGGGCCAACGCGAUGCAAACUCUUGCAGGUGCACUAUUGUGAAACGCCGUUAUUGUAAAAAAAAUUGACAAAGAUGCCGUCAUAACUUCAGUUUGAAAUUUGAAAUCAUGAAAUCCCAAGUUGUUUGUUAUUGCUUUAUUUCUUUCUCCGCACAGCAAAGCUUGGUGAAUUUUCAAAGGGAGUGCGUAGGCCCUAUGGCCGGGAUCAGAUUAUCAAUUUCACACAAUUGUCAUAUUGUCCAUGAAAAAUGGGAAAUCUUUGAAAAAAAUGACUAGUCAUCACUGAAGUAGACACGAGUUAAAAUUCUCUAGGUUUUCCACUGAAUCCAAGAAUUUCUAUUUUUCUUGACAUACUGGUACCGAUCAUCUCGAAUUAUGUUCACGCCAUCAGACUUCUUGGUUUCAGAAGAAUGUUUCAAGGCUGCGUAUACGCCCAUAAAAAUUGUGGUUUAUAUUUGGAUAUUAAGCUUAUACGUUUGAAAUGGCCACAUUAGUAAAGAAAUGACAUAUGUUCUUAUGGAAGCCACAGUCUCGCUUCUUCAACCGCUUCUCGGAGACACGUCUACAAAGUAUGCACACCUCAUUUCUAGAAACCAAAAAUCAUCAACGGUGCGUCCAUUUCUCACAAUACAGCGAGUAACAUGUCGUCCGAAAUUAGCAAAAUUAUGAAAAGCUUCCCCUUCCUUCUGUGGCUGUACCUGUAUAUCGUAAUCAAACUGUAAAAAAAGUAUACGAAUGAAACUAGCAACUCAUUUUAUCGUAUUUUUAAAUAGUUAAAGCAUAACCAAUCUAUUAACAGUUUAUCAUGAUGGUUAAUGACUCUGUGAUCAUAAAGUUAUCGACAAAAGGAAAUGGUA